AUCUGCGAUACAGGAUAGAGCAGGCUCCAUCUUGUGCUUAGGCUUCCAGGGGGCUUUGAAGCUAAUCAGGCGCCAUGUUAAUUACGGGAAUGAGGGGCCAUUUUCCCGCUCUUUAUCCUUUCGGUACCUUUCUUUGAUUGGGUCACCCGGCUGGGUGCUUUGUGGGAGGAAAGACAUUUCUAUGUGUUUGGGAUGUGUUGGUGGGGUAAUUUCCCGUUCGGGGCCAGCGAGGGCGACGGGUGCGCAGGCGCGGCUUGCCGAUGGAGAUGUGACCGGCCCUUAGGACCCAGCGGGUCCCCUUUGUUCCCCGCGGGCGCGGGCCCGACGGGGAGGGGGAGGGGAGGGAGGGGCCGACCGGCAUCCGCUCCGAGGGGCGGGGCAGUCCCGCGCGCGCGCGCGCCGCCGAGGGGCAGGGCCCCCUCGCCCCCGCCCUUUCCCACGCGCCGGCCCCGCGCCCCCGCGCGCGCACACUCGCGAGUCCAGGCGACAUGCAAAUGAGCCCGGCUCCAGUGCCCAGACCCAAGCCCCCCACUGCUCAAUGGACACCCCCAGCCCAGACCCGUGGCCUUCGCCUUUGCCUGGGGAGGAAGAGAAACCUCUGGCCUUACCUCCUCCUGUUCCCCGGGGCCGCCGAGGCCGACGUCCCGGGGGGGCCACCUCCUCGAAUCGGACUCUCAAGGCCUCCCUCCCUCGCAAGCGGGGCCGCCCCCCCAAGUCGGGGCAGGAGCCCCCACUGGCACAGGGGGUGACAGCCCCGGUGGGCAGCGGCGGUGGUGGCAGUGACCUCCUGUUGAUCGAUGAUCAGGGUGUGCCCUACACAGUCUCUGAAGGGUCAGUAGCAGGCGGGCCCGAGAGCUCUGGCCCUAAGAAGGCCCCGCACUUCUGCCCGGUGUGCCUUCGGGCCUUCCCCUACCUCUCUGACCUGGAGCGCCACAGCAUCUCACACUCAGAGCUGAAGCCGCACGAGUGCAAGGAUUGCGGCAAGACCUUCAAGCGCUCCAGCCACCUGCGGCGGCACUGCAACAUCCAUGCCGGCCUUCGGCCCUUCCGCUGCCCGCUCUGCCCCCGCCGCUUCCGAGAGGCGGGCGAGCUGGCCCACCACCACCGCGUCCACUCUGGGGAGCGCCCCUACCAGUGCCCCGUCUGCCGACUGCGCUUCACCGAGGCCAACACGCUCCGGCGCCAUGCCAGACGCAAGCACCCCGAGGCCAUGGAGGCACCCCUGGGUCCUCGGGACCCAGGACCGGAACCACCGUGGGACGACGAGGGUAUCCCGGCCACUGCAGGGGCCGAUGAGGAGGAGCUGGAGGGGAAAGAGCUGGCUUGACCCCCACCCCCGGCCACCGCUCCCCAGGCCAGGUUUAGAGCCGGGCGUUCAGCUGGCACUGAACCUGGGCAGGGAAACCGGGACACACUCUUGUCUGGUAGUCUUCCCGUUGUGGGAGGAGGUCGAGGGUGAGGACGUCCACUUCUGGGUCCUGCAGCCUUCUGCCACCCUCCCUCGGACUGACAGGCCUGUGGAGGCAGGGGCUGUGGAAAUAAAUUUCUGCCUACUGGCUUCCUGUGUGUGUUCCGUGAUGAUCCCAGGGCUGGCGCCCCUCUUCUCCUCCCUUCAAAUGUUCUUUCCCGCUGCACCACCCCCUUGUCAUGUGCCUCGUUAGCUUGGCGCUAAAGACUGGCUUGGGGGAAGACUUUGCCGCUUCUCCCAUCUCCAGUGGACCUCAAAGCACUCCCUCUAAAGAUCCACUUUUAAGUAAAACAUUGAACCUUCUGU